AUGCCAAGUGGUUGUCUAUUUUGUGAUUCUUGUGGAUCUUAUGAUCAUGAUUCUUCCAUGUGUUCUAAAACUUUUGUUGAUGGAUGUGAUGAUGUUGAAACUAAUGAAUGUGAACAUGUGAACUUUGUGUCUAAUGCCAAUGUUGGUCAAAGGUUUGAUGGACCUAAGAAUUUUGGUAAUAGGAAUUCUCACCCCCAAGGUGGUUUCGAUAACUACAACAAUGGAGGCUAUAGGAACCAAGGAAACAAAGGUUUCCGAGGUAACUAUAACAACCAAGGUUAUAGUAAUCAAAACCCAAGCCAUGGGAAAAAUUUGGAAGAAAUUAUUGAUAACAAAACCAAGAUCAUUAACACCUAUAUGGCGGUGAGUGACAAGAAAUUUAAUGAGAUGAUGACUCAUAACAAAAUGCUUAAGACACAAAUAACCCAACUAGCCAACACUCUAAAGGACUGUGCUAGUCCAUCCUCCUUGCCUUCUCAAGGAGUAGAACCUAAGAAACCCAUGUAUUCUAUCACCACUAGGAGUGGGAGAGUUCUUAAUGAGGGAGUUUUUAGGUCCAUUGAGGAGGAUGAGGAAAGGAGUGACCUAAGAGAGGAAGUUGAGAAGGUUGUGUCUAAGAGUGUGAGUCAUGAGGAGGUGCAAGAGAAAAAGAGGAGUAGUGAGAAAGAGCGUGAGGAAGUGUGGAGACCCGACCUUCCAUACCCACAAAAAUUCUUGAGGCACAAAAAUUGA